ACUUGAAUGCGUUUCAGUAUAUAUAAAGGAGUCUAACUGGUAGAAAACACAUCAAGUACAACAGUCUUCCCACAAAGUGGACAAGAUGAAGCUCCUACCGGUACUGUUCACAACGCUCGUUGCGUUAGCAACAGCGAGCUCUCAUUACCAAUCACCAAAUUCAAGAUUCCACUAUGUUGCCAUGUUACAAGCGAAAAACUUCGCUUCUGACGAACUCUCCAAAGACAUUCAUGACUUCCUGAACCUGGUCGACGAGAAAAAAAUAAUGAACAUCGUUAUGUCCUACCUGGAAGACGACGAAGUGCAGAGGGCAAUCGAAUACAUGUACAGCGAAGCAUUCCACGAUUUGGUCCGCAAGGUCGAAGCUAUGCCAGAAUAUCAGAACUUAGUGAAGUACAUGGAAGACUCUGGCUUGGACAUGACAAGGGUAAUCAAUAAAAUCCAUAAAUUGUUCGGUAUGGAAGACUACGUACCACCCAUGGAAUUGUCAUCGAUGAAUACAUUGUCAAACCUUGGUGGAUUGAAAGCUCUGUUCAACGCUGUAGAGAAUGCUCUCCCUUUGGACAAAUUCACGGCCAUGUACAAUGAAAAAAUGCACACCUCUCCUGCUUUCCAGAACUUCAUGCAAAGACUGCACUCCAAUGAAUUCCAGACAAUCGUCAAUACAGUUUACCAAUCACCAAUCUUCCUGGAAAUGAGACAGAAGGUCAUCAACGACGGAGUGGAUCUUGUCCCUAUCAGAGAUUUCAUCGAAAAGGUGCUUGGCAUUCAUCUUCCCAGAGUCAACUUCCGUGCCAUAUUACAAGCGAAAACCUUCGCCUCUGAUGAACUCUCCAAAGACAUUCACGACUUCCUGAACCUGGUUGACGAGAACAAAAUAAUGAACAUCGUUAUGUCCUACCUGGAAGACGACGAAGUACAGAGAGCAAUCGAAUACAUGUACAGCGAAGCAUUCCACAAUUUAGUCCGCAUGGUCGAAGCUAUGCCAGAAUAUCAAGAUUUGGUGAAGUACAUGGAAGACUCUGGCUUGGAUAUGACCAAAGUGAUCAGCAAAAUCCACAAAUUGUUCGGUAUGGAAGACUACGUCCCACCCAUGGAAUUGUCAUCGAUGAAUACAUUGUCAAACCUUGGUGGAUUGAAAGCUCUGUUCAACGCUGUAGAGAAUGCCCUCCCUUUGGACAAAUUCACGGCCAUGUACAAUGAAAAGAUGCACACCUCCCCUGCUUUCCAAAACUUCAUGCAAAGACUGCACUCUAAUGAAUUCCAGACAAUCGUCAACAAAGUUUACCAAUCACCAACCUUCCUGGAUAUGAGACAGAAGGUCAUCAACGACGGAGUGGACCUUGUCCCUAUCAGAGAUUUCAUCGAAAAGGUGCUUGGCAUUCAUCUUCCCAGAGUCAACUUCCGUGCCAUGUUGCGAGCGGAAACCUUCGCCUCUGAUGAACUCUCCAAAGAUAUUCACGACUUCCUGAACCUGGUCGACGAGAACAAAAUAAUGAACAUCGUUAUGUCCUACCUGGAAGACGACGAAGUACAGAGAGCAAUCGAAUACAUGUACAGCGAAGCAUUCCACGAUUUGGUCCGCAAGGUCGAAGCUAUGCCAGAAUAUCAGAAUUUGGUGAAGUACAUGGAAGACUCUGGCUUGGACAUGACAAGGGUGAUCAGUAAAAUCCACAAAUUGUUCGGUAUGGAAGACUACGUACCACCCAUGGAAUUGUCAUCCAUGAAUACAUUGUCAAACCUUGGUGGAUUGAAAGCUCUGUUCAACGCUGUAGAGAAUGCUCUCCCUUUGGACAAAUUCACGGCCAUGUACAAUGAAAAAAUGCACACCUCUCCUGCUUUCCAGAACUUCAUGCAAAGAUUGCACUCCAAUGAAUUCCAGACAAUCGUCAAUACAGUUUACCAAUCACCAAUCUUCCUGGAAAUGAGACAGAAGGUUAUCAACGACGGAGUGGAUCUUGUCCCUAUCAGGGAUUUCAUCGAAAAGGUGCUUGGCAUUCAUCUUCCCAGAGUCAACUUCCUUGCCAUGUUGAGAGCGAAAACCUUCGCCUCUGAUGAACUCUCCAAAGACAUUCACGACUUCCUGAACCUGGUUGACGAGAACAAAAUAAUGAACAUCGUUAUGUCCUACCUGGAAGACGACGAAGUACAGAGAGCAAUCGAAUACAUGUACAGCGAAGCAUUCCACGAUUUGGUCCGCAAGGUCGAAGCUAUGCCAGAAUAUCAGAAUUUGGUGAAGUACAUGGAAGACUCUGGCUUGGACAUGACAAGGGUGAUCAGUAAAAUCCACAAAUUGUUCGGUAUGGAAGACUACGUCCCACCCAUGGAAUUGUCAUCCAUGAAUACAUUGUCAAACCUUGGUGGAUUGAAAGCUCUGUUCAACGCUGUAGAGAAUGCUCUCCCUUUGGAUAAAUUCACGGCCAUGUACAAUGAAAAAAUGCACACCUCUCCUGCUUUCCAGAACUUCAUGCAAAGAUUGCACUCCAAUGAAUUCCAGACAAUUGUCAAUACAGUUUACCAAUCACCAAUCUUCCUGGAAAUGAGACAGAAGGUCAUCAACGACGGAGUGGAUCUUGUCCCUAUCAGGGAUUUCAUCGAAAAGGUGCUUGGCAUUCAUCUUCCCAGAGUCAACUUCCGUGCCAUGUUAUGAGCUCUUUUCUUAAAGUUCUUUUGUAUUUGCAUUUGAAAUUCGAGUUUGUGGCUAAUUUAGAAUUGUAAAAAAAUGUAGUAAUUUAAUUUACAUUAAAUUUUGCAAGCCUACUUUA